AAAAAAAGUUGGAUAGUCACUCGUUCAAUUAAGUAAGAUAGUAAGACCACGACUUUGUUUAUAGGUAAUAUAAAGUAAUGUCAAGAUUAAUCAAGAAACAAGUUGCCGGUACAGUUGGAUCAACCGCUGGUACCGCUGGAACUGCAGGUGGUGCAGGUACGGCAGCAGGUGGAGCUAGUAGCGGUUCAUACAAUGAUGGAUCAUAUCAUGGUGUUGGUGCAGCUGGUGGUACAUCUGGUGCAUCAAACGGGGCUGCCAAUAGCGCUGGUUCUGCUGCAGGUGGAACAACUGGGUCAACCACAUCAGGCACAGCAGGUUCAGCCAAGGGUUCAACUGCUGGUGAAACAGCAGACAGUGCAGGAUCAGCUGCAACUUCAGCUAAAGCCCCAACAGCAGACACUGCUGAUACUACAACAAAGGAGCCGGUCGCCGAUGAUGAAGAUCUCCCAGAUGAUGAUCCACCUGCCGACGAAAAGGCAGAUUUGCCAGAUGACGAGAUUAAGAUACCAGACGAGGAUAACACAGAGGAAGACCUUGAUGCUACCAAGUCAGUCAACAACUCAAUCGAGCAUUCUUUGUCAUCAUCAUCCCAAUCAGAAUCACCAACUGCAACACCAUCAAUGUCUGCAUCUAAGGAGGAAAAAGAUGAGGACGACAAUAAGGGUCUUAAGAUUGCUUUGCCUAUUAUCCUCGGAUUGUUGUUCAUCCUCUUCAUGAUCUGGGUUGGAAAGCGUGUUGUGAAAAAGAGAGCAGCUGCUAAGAAGGAAAACCCAACGAAGAUUGCUUACAACUCUAACAUCAAAAGUCAGGAAACUUUGGAUGAGAAAUCGCCACUUCCUCCACCAGGUUUCCAGGGCCAUUCCGUGGACAACAGGGGCAGCGUCUAUUCAAACUACUCAGGUGGUCAGCCACUCAUGCAUCCUAACUCAUCGGCUAGUCACAGCGACUACUUGAGUGCAUACCACCAAAAUAUGUCCACACACAGCUUCAACAACCUCAACGGACAGAGACGUCAACCAUCCCCUGUUCCACCAUAUGGCCAACAUCCAUACAGUGGUAUGAUGAACAGAUCAAUGUCAAUGCAAUCGCAAGGUCCACCACCACAGCCGCAAAGGCCACCUAUGAGUUCACCACCCCCACCGCCAAGCGUGUACUCUUUGAACAAGAUACCAACGUCGCCUCCAAAACCAGAGCAUCAGACUCGUGAUCCAUUCAGGGAUCCACCAACUAGACAAUACUCAAUGAAUAGAGGAUCAAACGUACCUCCAUUGCACAUUCGUCCACCUGGUGCUGUUAGAGCUCGCGUUUCAUUCAAGCCAACCGCAACGGAUGAGCUCGCAAUUCAUAAAGGAGAAGAUGUACAAGUUCUUAGAAGGUUCUCAGAUGGUUGGGCUGAAGUUAAAGCUUUAGCUAGUGGUAAAACUGGUGUAAUUCCUUUACAAAUUUUGGACGACCAACCAUCAACUCCAAUGAGUUAUGGUUCCCAGCAAAGUUCACCUGGUUACCAACCACAAGGACAAGCUGGUUUCCCACCUGCACCACCAUCAAAUUACCAAUAAUUUACGAUUUAUUCAAUGGCUAGUUAUUAAUUGUUUUUAAAAUACCUAUAUAUUUAUACAUUAUUC